UGAAGAUUCUGAUUGUGUUGCUCUAGGAGGGAGGAGCAGGUUGUGUGUGGCGCUGUCCAAAGACAAGAAUUUAUCUGGAGAUGCUACCAAGCAGAGGACUUUCAAGAUGCCUAGCCCGGCAAAGAUUUGAUUCCAAGUUUCUGACGGGGUCCUCGCAACACCUAAGGUCAGCCAAUGGGGCCAGGCAAUUCGGAACUACCCUGCGCAACAAUGGCACCAUCCGAUUCUCACAGACGGCCGGCCUGGUCGGGGGAGCGAGGAGGACAGUGGUCGCGGUUCGAGGAGCCGCUGGAGCCGGGACCGUGGGAAUGCUUGCCCAUGGCAAGAUAUCCCCGAUCGUCUCUGCCACGCAGGUGCGGAAUGCCUCGACAGCGCCGCAGUCUCCCGCCGCGGGCUCUCCCGAGGCCACCCCCACCUCUCUCCCCGAUCCCGCCCCGGUCGACACUAGCAGCCUAGACAACCUCUUCGAGGGCUCGCGCCUCCUUGAUAUGCACGACCACAUAGGCUAUUUCAAGGAGCUGGGACUUGAGUUUGGCUGGGGUCCGACGUCUAUGGUACAAUGGACGUUGGAGCACAUCCAUGUCUAUACCGGCUUGCCUUGGUGGGCCUCGAUCGCCACCUUUGCCGUCGGGCUGAGGCUUCUCGUUCUGAAACCCGUCUGGACUGCCUACAUCCACUCCAACAAAAUGCAGAUCCUGCGCAAAGAUCCUAAACACGCGGCCGACUACGCCGAGAUGCAACGCCUGUUCACGUCGACCGAACCCAACAAGAACAUGCUCCUUGCCCAAGUUCGGCAGAGGAUCUCGAUCGCCCAAAAAACAGCCGGCGUUAGUGUCAUGAAGACGAUGCUGCCCAUGCUACAAGUACCCAUCGGCUUUGGCGCCUUCCGUUUCCUCAACAAUGCCUCAAAACUCCCCGUGCCUAGCUUCGAAACGGGUGGAGUGCUCUGGUUCACGGACCUGACCGCCGCAGACCCCUACUACGUGCUCCCCAUGGUCUCGACAAGUCUUGUGCUUUACAUGUUCCGCACCCUACAGACGAACGGAACAAUGGAUCCCGGCCAAGCUCCUCUACUGAAGAUGAUGCAGUAUAUCCUAACGCCAAUCACAUUCCUGGCAACACUCAAACUCAAUGCUGGCGUCCAGAUAUACCUUGCUCUCUCCAGCUUCCUUCAGAUCGUUCAGACCCAGAUUCAGAACCAGCCCGCAAUGCGCAAGAGAGCUGGUCUUCCGCCACUUGGCGCACCGAUCGCCAGUGCCAGCACCCCAAAGAUCAAAUGGGAGGCACCCCGCAUAAUCAACACGACUGCUGUCGUUGACAGUGAGGGUGAGGGUGAGGGUACCAGUUCCAAGAGCCCCAUUGCCGACUUCAAGGACGCCUGGAAGGGCACACGCGAGAAGAUCAAGACCUUCACCGGGGAUGGUGUGGCAAAAAAGGCGGCUGCUGCCGCCGAAGAGUACGAGCAGAGGAGGCGAGAUGAAGAGGAGGAGAAGUUCCUCGCACGGCGGGACGAGGCGCAGCGCAGGGGCAGACGGCCUCGCCGCAGUGAGUGAGGGAAAGAAGCAACGCGAAAACAGCAAAAAGGGAGACGAGACAACAAGAUGAAGUUGCGCUUGUAUGACUGCAUUGACCUGUACUGAUAUUGAGGGAAAUAAUUGCCUGCUAAAUUCCGGAUCCCAGAAAUUACCUUGUCUGCAUCUAUCACUGCCCUGUCCUCGAGACAUAGCCUUGCUCUGUUUCCUGAAUCCACAGCG